GCGCUGGUACUGUUAUUUUAAAAGAAAAACAUAUGCUGACACAGAUAUUAUAGAGGAGAUGGAUUGAAAAUCAACUUCAUUCUAGAUGGACAUUUUAGCUAACGCUGUGCUCAAAAAGUCAACAACGAAUGCCCGCUUAAAUUUGUCACUCGCCCUAAGGGCUGAAGUCUUUAUCACAAAGUUAGCUCCUAAGCAAUGGUGGACAACUGUUGCUCGUGAGGGUGAAACGGUAAUUUUGAAUUUACUCCAGAUAUUUAUUUCACCAGAAUCACCGAGUUCCUGCUGGACACGUAGCAUGCAACAGAGAUCUUCAGCUAUGACUGGACCCCUAGCUUUCAGUCUGAUAGCACUAAAAUGCGACGAAGCGCCACUUGUCUGCUAUGGUGAAAACGCUCCUAUCAAGCACUCCUGCUGUGCCUGCAGUAUAUUCUCAACCUACGCCUUUAUAAACUCGUACGAACGAGAAGCUGAAGGAAGCUCUGUGGUUAUUUUAUGUUGUGCUGACAGCAAUGUUCGUAAGAGAAAGAGAGAGAGAGAGAGAGAGUGGAAAGGCAACUUUGGGCCAAUUUCCUUGCUGUAUUUAACAACCGUGGUCGAUGACAACAAGUUCAUUGAGUUCACGAAAAUACUUCCCUUUCUCACUUGAAGCGUAAAACUGAAAGGUGAAGAUCGAUGGUGAAAUCACCUGUGGAAGAAAUCAAGGCUUGAAGAAAAAUAAGAUUGUUCCACCAAGGCUUUCCAUAGCGUCGUUGUUAUGUUUUUUUUUUUAAUAUCUAGCGUUUUCCUUGUAAUGUAUUUGUGUCAGAUUUUUCAUUAUCGCAAGAUCAGAAAAGCAUUUUUUGUACUGUAAACUAAAACUUGCAAUGAAGAGUCAUUACAAAGCUCUGAGGGGUCCGUUUAGUAGCUCCUCCCUCUUGCUAUUAGUAGAAAAUUAAGAAAAUUCUUGUUUUGGUUCGUUCAAUCUGUAACGAUAUCCUGCUGACAGCAUCUUCCUUCAUUUUGCCAACAGCGUGAAGGAAAUAAUAAACACGUUUCCCGCCGCUGUUAUUCAUCACCCCACCCAGAUUAAUUGGCGCUACCCGUACCACUCAGCCUCGCGGUCACGCUGUUUUGGUAAUAGCGAAGACAAUCGGAGCACCACCAUCCUAGCGAAGCUCUCGGUGCGUGCGUUUCACUUGGAAGGAUUUCUGUUUGUGAGAGAUUUAAAGAAACAAAAAAAUAAAGCUAGUGCGGGUUUAAGCUUGGCAGUUUAGACAAA